AUGUCUACAUCAAAUACCUACUUUGUCCAGGCUGAUAGUCCUGGAUUUUACUCUGUGCCCAUACCGGGGUCUGAGGAAGAUGGUUAUAGUCCCAUAUAUAAGAAUACAAACUAUGAUACGAUAACUGGUGCAAGCGAUUUGGAAGAUGUGGGAGACAUAAAAACAUCGCGGGAUCUGUUCCUGAAAGGUCUUAAAAUGAAUCCAGACGCCCCUUGCCUUGGUUCUAGAAAGAAUCUCCCUGAUGGAUCACUGGGCGAAUACGAGUUUAGAACAUAUAAGGAAGUGGAACACCUCUCAAAAGUAGUAGGAAGUUCUAUUAUUCAAAUGAAUCUAACCAAAGAACAUUCUUCAGGAAAACCGGAUAUACCACCCUGCAGAUUUGUUGGUUUAUUUGUACCCAGCUGUGAAGAAUGGAUAUUGUGCGAACAAGGUUCUUAUGCCUAUGGUCUUACCCUAGUACCUAUAUAUCACACUAUGGGACCAAAUUCAAUAUUGUUCAUUUUGAAGAAUACCCAAUUGGAGCUGCUUGUUUGUACUGUUGAAACUGCCGAAAUAGUAGUUUCUGUUCUCGAAUCGGAAACUGAGGAAAUCUUCCUUAGUACCAUUGUUCUCAUACGUACAGGGGAUAUUCCAGAUGGCUUGUUACAAAAUAAAUUUAAGAUUAGAUUUAUUCUAUGGUCUAGUUUACUGUCUCUAGAUCAUAAUAAAAUACUACCAGUGACUCCAGCUCCCUUGAAUGCAUUAAAUUUGAUAUCUUAUACAUCUGGAACGACUGGCUUACCAAAGGGAGUUAUGAUUACACACAAGAAUUUUAUUGAUACAGUAGUAACAGCGCUUCAUAUGGUUUAUCACGGUGGGUUGACUGGAGAAUAUUUCAAUUGCCAUUUAAGCUAUUUGCCUAUGGCGCAUCUCUUUGAAAAGACGUUUUUGAACGCUGUUUUUUACUAUGGUGGAAAGGUUGGACUAUAUUCCGGAGAUGUCAAGAAAGUUCUAGAUGAUAUUCAAACUCUUAAACCAACAUUGUUUAUUAGUGUUCCUAGAUUGUUCCAGAGAAUUCACGAUAAGAUUAUAUCUGGCAUUUCUGAAAAACCAUUCCCUAUAAGAUUUCUCUUUUAUCGUGGACUUAACUACAAAAUUCGUAAAAUCAGAAGAUCUGGAGUUUAUACAUCUUAUAUUUAUGACAAGAUCAUAUUUGACAAGGUGAAAAAACUGCUUGGAGGGAAUAUCCGUUGGAUGUUUGUCGGCUCUUCGACUAUGAGUCCCAUUAUAGUUGAUCGCAUUAAAGCGUUGUUUGGUGUUCCUCUACUUUGGGGUUAUUCUCUAACUGAGUCUACGGCUGGGUCAUUUGUUCAACAUAUCGGUGAUACGGAUUCAUCCAAUUGCGGCGGACCAUUACCAUCUAUACAUUUUAGGUUGAGAUCGGUCCCUGAGCUGUCAUACUUUGUCAAUGAAAAGCCACCUCGUGGUGAAUUAUUGCUUAAGGGAAAUGGUGUGACACCUGGCUAUUUUAAAAUGGAUGAUGUUACUAAGGAUGUUAUCAAGGAUUCUUGGCUUCAUACAGGCGAUGUUGUAGAAUUAUUGGAAAACGGCAGUAUUCGUGUAAUAGAUCGCAUUAAACAUUUGUUUAAACUGUCCCAAGGAGAAUAUGUGGCACCAGAAUAUGUUGAAUCUAUUAUUAAUUCAACUCCGCAUAUUGCUCAAUCCUUUGUUUGUGGAAGAUCAGAUCAGGCCUUCCCUGUUGCUAUAGUUGUCCCAGAUGAGGAAGCAUUAAAGAGUUGGAUACAUGCAAACUUUAAGGACAUGACUUUUGAUAGAAUUUGCAAGACUAAGGAAUUAUAUGACCUUAUUUUCGAGGAAAUCGCUAGUGCCUUUACUGAAAACAAUCUCAAGGGUUUUGAAAAGGUUAAGGCCGUUUAUUUGGAACAUACUCUAUUUUCGCUCGAGAAUGACCUUCUUACGGUCACUUCCAAACUAAGACGUAGCAAUUUGCAGAAAAAAUAUAAAGAAGAAAUUGACAAAAUGUACAGAACUAUUAACCUUGCUAAAAAACAAACUGAACAGUAAUGAAGUGACCCACAACACACUGUGUUGCUGGAUUUUGACGCAAGAGUGUCAUUUAACUUUUUCCGUUU